AUGGCUAGCUACCGGCUCUCGAACCUCGCUCUUGCCACCGACUACCAACAGCAUCCUGUUGCCGGAGUCGUCGCGCCACGCCAACAAAGCCAAGGCGACUAUGCAGCAUGCCCGCUGCAGAGGGCCCAGAUGGCCCCUUGUUCAGUUGACGCUAACGUCUCUGCCUUGGUAGGCCCUCAAGACACGGCCAUGCAGUCUGCAAUGCCGCGGGGCAGCUUGGCCGAGACACCACCACCGUCAGCGGGACUCGGUAAUGCAGCUGCAGGCGCGGGAGAGAGACAAGCCUCUGCCGCGCCGCGCCCAGACGAAGCAACCACCAACAGCCUUCACGCCCCGAGGCCGAUCCGCCGGCGGAGGCGCAUGAUUACAUCGUGCCUCGAGUGCCGUCGACGUAAACUUGGGUGCAACAAGGAGCAGCCCUGCCAUAACUGCGUCAGGUCCAGGAGGGACUGUCUCUACAUUGGGCCUAAGCUCGAUGAGGUCAGCCUGCAGCGCCUGACAGAGAUCAAGGAGCGAGUGGGGUCUCUGGAGAGGCAGCUGGAGAGGGACGUUGCUAAGGGGCGUGGGGGGCCUGCUGGUGGCGGCGGCGAUUUCUGCCAGCAGAGGAUCGUCGCCGACGAUGUCGAGGAUGACUUUGGCGAGGAGUGCGACCUGCAAAUUACGCCAAUGGUCGCGCUGGACCUCACGUACGAAGACGACUGCGACGGCGCCGGUCCUGCUGAUCUUAUCGACUUGGGGAUCCGCGUGGGGAGGAUGAGGAUUACGGAGCGGAUUGGGGGGCUGAGUAGGCCGCGCAUGUGGGAAGAGAUUCAAGCUGGGAUUUCUGACACCCAAACACCCACCGGACACGGAUCCCCUCCUGAACAGCUUGACAGCGCUCUUAGGGAACUCCCUGACUUCCUCAAGCCGGGAGAGUCGUACAUUCCGCCGACGAGCGGAUUGUUUUUUGGCCAGGCUAGCGAGCCCUCAGCGUUGCUGAACCUGCUGCCAAGUGCGGACAUGGGCACCCGCUUAAUGCAUCGCUACUUUGAGGCAGUCCAUCCCAUUGCGCGAUGCGUUCAUCGGCCUUCCUUUGAGGCCAUGUAUCAGUCGUUUUGGGAUGAUGUGAGACAAAACAUGGAGCCACGCGCUUCAAUCCAGGCGGUGGUAUUCGCUGCGUGGUUCAGUGCGGCUGUCAGCCUGGACGAGAUCCGCGCUCAGCACGAGUACGGCUACUCCAAGACGCAGCUGAUCCUCAGCAUGAGGAUCGGUACUGAAGCGGCGCUAGCCAAGGCCAGGUUCCUCAGCACGACGAGUGUCGAUACGCUCCAAGCCUUCGUUAUGUACUUGCUUCCACUCUGCCGGGACGAAGUCUCCAGGGCACACUCUGUCCUCGUCGGCGCCGCUGUCAGGAUGGCUGAAUGCAUGGGACUCCAUCGAGACGGGUCGGCAUACGGCCUCACCCCGCUGGAGACGCACGUUCGCAGGUUGAUCUGGCACCAGCUCUGCUUUCUUGAUAUCCGGACCUGCGAGGCCCAGGGACCCAAACCAGCCAUUCGACGAGGGGAGUACACAACGAAGCUUCCGCUCAACUGCGACGAGGCCGAGUUGACGCCGGGUACCAUGGUCGCCCCUGCAGUGACGGAGCGCUGGACCCCUGUCCUCCUCAGCAUCAUUCGGUUUGAGAUCAACGAGAUGAUGCGGACCAUCUGGGCGGACCGCAACAAAAUGGAGAUGAAUAAGAUGCUGCUGACGACGAUGCUGACCAAGGUGGAGGAGUUCCGUAAACGCAUGCUCGACAAGUACAACGGGCUCCUCGACGAGCGGGUGCCCAUACAGAAGUACACCAAGCUGGUCAUGCAGUUGCUCCUUUACCGCCUGCACGCCAUGGUACUGCACCCGUAUCAUGCCAACGCAACGCACCCCCUGCCGGACAAGCUGAACGGGUUGCUCAUCACGAGCGGCAUCGUCAUCAUCGAGACGGCGAUCCAGCUUGAGUCAGGCACGCUGUUCCGAGACUGGGCCUGGUACCUCGGCGCCUACCAGCAGUACCAGAUUGCCCUGCUCCUGGCAACCGAGAUUUACUACCGGCCCAGCAACAAGGAUGCCCAACGGAUCUGGCCGUGUCUUGACUACGUUUUCAAGAUGGACCCGAACAUGCCGCGCGAGCAAAAGAGCCUGCAGAUCCUGACCGAGAUCAUGGAUAAGACGAGCGUUUACAUGAGCAUGCGCAGGGUCCGCGCGCCGACGGCGAUAUCCAAGGCUGUACUGGGCAAGCAGGCCGUCAAGGAGUCUACCCCACCGCAGCAGCGAUGUCCGCCACCUCCGCCCCCGCGGCCGGCCACAAUGCAUACUCGUGGGAUGCCCCAGUCAGCACUGCAGCAGCCGCAAAAGAUGGGUGGUGCCGGGGCGGAAGCGACCAUGUCCGCCGACAUGUCCAUCCCGCCAACUGCCGCCCCUGCUAAUCAACGCCCCCUCUCCCAAUGCCACCCGCCGCCGCCUCAUCUAUUACCUCCGCACAUGAUGUGGGCACAGCAGUCGAUGGGAGUUCCCCCUCCUACAAUGGUCUUCGGCGGGGUGUCCAACGGGGAGGUGCUCUGGGGUUUUCCGCCCAGCUUGAACAAUCACGGCAGCCCGAAUAGCAGCGACGGGGACAGCGUGGCUGGUCAGGUGCAAGGGCACCAUCUUGCAAGUGGUAUGCCCGGGCCAUCAACCGGCGGGUCCAUGAAUGCUAUGGAUAACAUCGACUGGGACGCUCUCAACAUGCUGUUCCCGACGGAUCCGCAGACAGGCGAGCUCAGCUUUGAACCGUAUGUUGAUGCAGGCAUGGGGUCUACGGGGGCAUGGCAGAGUCAAUGA